AUUUUGAGCAACAAACGUAAACAUCCAGGAAAAAGUAAAUACAAUUUUUGCAAUGCCCGUUGAAAAUAACGUAAAAAUACUGCCCAAGUCGGUGGUAUGCGAGGAGAGUACACUACGUGGUGACAUCACCUUUUCCGCUGGCUGCGUUGUCCAUCCCAGUGCAACGAUUAUUGCCGAAGCUGGUCCAAUUAUCAUUGGCGAAAAUUGUAUUGUGGAGGAGUAUGCAACCAUUGCGCAUCGUUUGGCAGACGGCGCCAGCUAUGAUGCCAAUAAUAUUCUGAGCAUCGGCAGUCACAAUGUGUUCGAAGUGGGCUGCACCGUAGAGGCGGCACGAAUCGGCGACAAGAAUGUAUUUGAAAGCAAGAGCUUUGUGGGCCGUGGAGUGACCGUGUCCAGUGGCUGUGUAAUUGGCGCUGGCAUUCAAAUGCGUACCGCUCAGUUGAUGCCCGAAAACACCAUUGUAUAUGGCCAGCAGGCGCUUCAACGCGAGGCCAUCGAGAAACAGGGCUCGCAAACAUUGCAGAUCGACUUCCUAAGGAAGGUGCUGCCCAACUAUCAUCACCUACGCAAGCCAAACUAUGAUCCGAAGAAAGCACGCAGUGUUGUCUAGAU